AUGGCUUCAAAUCCACAGGAUGGGCAACCGAUGCCCGGCGAUAAGACUCUGCAUGUCUGGUCGAAACCCAUAGAGCAAAACGAAGCUACCACAGUCAACGGCGAACAUGGAGCGACACCGACGAAUAAUAGGCCAACUAUUUCAGAGGCCGUUUCUAUGAUCAAGAAGGAUGAUUUUGCCAAUGUUGCAAAUACUCCUUGUGCUCGACAGGGCUUCAUCACAGGAAUAGCAUCUGGUGCCGGUAUUGGAGGAUUGAGGUUUGUCCUCAAAGGUGAGUGGACAAUGUUGAACUUUAAGUUUAAGGCAUGGUCUAAAAGGAGUGAAGGGAAUCCUGGUAGCGCUGCAAACUGGGCUGUUGGAAUGUUUGUUCUUGGAAGCAUGGCAUCAUACGAAUGGUGCCAGUACCUACGCCGCGAGGAACGUCGACAAAUGAAACGACACAUUGAGGUGGUAUCAGAGAAUAGGAGAGAGCAAGCAAGAAAGAUCCAAGAGGCAAGGCGUGAGCACGACAAACUGGAGGCUGAAAAGAAGGCUGCAGUAAAGCCAUGGUAUAAGGUCUGGUGA